GCAACUAUGGACCCUAUGACCAUGAAGCGUUCUCAGAUGUAUGGUAUGGGGAACAGUCCCUACUCUCAGCAAGGUGGAACUUAUGCCGGACAGCCAUACGGAUCACCCACUGCUCACCGAUAUCCAAUGGGAAUGCAGGGCCGUGGGCAAGUUGGCAUCGGAGGAAUGCAGUACCCUCAGCAACAGCAGAUGCCAGCUCAGUAUGGGCCACAGGGAAUGGGUGGCUACUGUCAGCAGGGGCAGCCUCCGUAUUUCAGCCCCCCACAACAACAGUCUGCGGCCCCCUCUCAACCCCCCUACAUGCCGCAGCGAGCUCCAACACAACAGGACACACUGCAGGAGGGAUAUGGCAGCAGGGGCCAGUCUGGGAAACCAAACCAUGAUGACAUGGGUCUUACUCAGCAGGACCGCCCGUCCAGCCUCCCGGAUCUCUCUGGCUCUAUUGACGACCUCCCCACAGGAACAGAAGCAGGUCUCAGUUCAGCUGUCAGCGCUUCAGGCUCCACAAGUAGUCAAGGCGAGCAGAGUAACCCUGCUCAGUCCCCCUUCUCCCCCCACGCCUCACCUAGAGUUCCCAGCAUGCGCAGCGGACCCUCGCCUUCCCCAGUUGGAUCUCCUGUGGGUUCCAGCCAAUCACGAUCUGGGCCCAUAUCACCUGCCAGUGGGCCAGGCACACAGAUGGCCCCUCAGACCCCAGGGAAUGUUCCAGACGUGGGCUCCCAUUCCACUCACAGUCAGUCGCCUAUGUCUCAGGAGAGAGGAUUUGCAUCUAACAUGCAGCGCAAUGCACCUGGUUCCCAGUUUGGAGGUCAGCAGCCUGGAUCUUCUAUGUCUCCACACUCCUGUCCGACCGGCCCUAUGCACCACAGUGUGGGCUCCUAUCAGAUGGGCCCUUCCUACGGGCCUCAGAGCAGCCAGUAUGGCCCUUCAGGUAACUACCCACGUCCUGCUAACUAUGGUGGUGCACCGGGUGCCAACUACAGUGGCCCUGGUCCAGGCAUGGGCAACAGUCUUGGCAUGAAUGCCAGCAGUCCAAUGCAUGGCCAAGGUCCAGGGCAACCCUGUGGCUCUAUGACGACAGCUCGAGGUCCAGGACAUGCGGCUGGUGGCAGGCCAUACCCAGCGGGCUCCAGCAGUGUUGCUCCAACCUCUCCCAACAUGCCUCAGUCUGCUGGCCCUGGGAUGGGUCCACCUCCACCCAAUGUUAGCCGCAAACCCCAUGAGAGUAGCCCUGUAUCUGCCCAGCAGAACCUCGUCCCCUCGGGCCAGGCCAGGCCUCCUUUUGGCAGGUCCCCUGUUUACCCGGGCCUUUCUGGGCCUGGGGGGCGGCCGUCAGCUUCCUUCCCUCUCCCUCACCCCCAUCACCCUCACUACAGUUCUGGGCAAGGCCAAGGGCAGCCUCACGCUGAGCUGUAUGGGCCAGCCGGGUAUCAGGGUGCGUCCCACAUGCUUGGAAUGGGUCCCGGAGGCCCCUACAGCCAUCCACCGAGCAAUAGCUCUGCCAGGAUGACCCCUCAAGUUCCCCCCUACAACACAAUGCCCACAGGGCCCAUGACAGGCUCAGGGGACACCAUGAUGCCCACCGAUCCCAAACAGAGAGCUGAGCACAAGGAGGAGGGCAGCACACCCACUACAGAGCCCCCUAAGCCAAAGGACAACUACGGUUCUCAGUGUGUGUCCCAGCCUCCAACCCCGUCCCCUCUGUCCCCUAGCCCAGCUAGUCUGUCCUCUUAUCAGGGGGACGACAGCGAUAGCAUUAGCAGCCCUGCCUGGCCAAAGAACCCCAGCAGCCCCAAGCACAGCACAGUGAACAUGACGAAUGAGAAGAUAACGCGGCUGUACGACAUGGGCUGUGAGCCUGAGAGGAGGGCAUGGGUGGACCGCUAUAUCGCCUUUAUGGAGGAGAGGGGCACGCCGGUCCCUAACCUGCCUUCAGUGGGCAAGAAGCCACUGGAUCUGUGCCGCCUCUACCUCUGCGUUCGUGAAAUCGGAGGCUUGGCUAUGGUAAAUAAGAACAAGAAAUGGAGAGAGUUGUCCACCCACUUGAAUGUGGGGACAUCCAGCAGCUCGGCCAGCUCUCUUAAAAAGCAGUAUAUCCAAUACCUGUUUGCUUAUGAGUGCAAGGUGGAGCGCGGAGAAGAACCUCCGCCUGAUGCGUUCGCUAUCGGCGAUGGCAAGAAGCAGCAACAGCAGGCCAAGAUUCAGCCACCAUCACCUGCAAACUCAGGCUCUCUACAGGGGCCGCAGACUCCUCAAUCUACAGGCAGCAGCACCAUGACAGAGAUGCCAGGGGACCUAAAGCCGCCAACACCCGCUACCACACCACACGGACAAGUCACCCCUCAGCCAGCCAUCAGAAACAGUGGGAUUAGUGUGCAAGAUCCGUUCUCGGAAGGCAGUGACCCAGCCUUUCAGAAGCGAGGUCCCAUGCAUGUAGGCAGUGGAGAUGCCACCUCUAGAAUGCAGUUUGACACUAGUAAGGAUCCCUACGGAGCCGCUAGGAAAGGUGGCUCAGAGUCCUUCAUGCCAGGACAGAUGCCAGCUAGUGGCAUGCAAGAAAUGUAUUCCCGUGGGCCGUCUUCAGGGAUGGGAAUGGGCCCACGACCCCAGUACUCUUACAACCCUAGUUUUGAAAGGAGGCCAGACCAUGUCAUGGGUCCAGAGGGGGGAAUCGCAACUUCUGGAAAUCAGAACAACAUGGUGCCUUCCAGCAGCGAUCCCAGCAUGUUCUCAGGCAGUAGAUACGCCUCUCAUCAGAGCAGACACGGCCAUGAUGGAUAUGGGCAGCAGUACCCGCACAGCAUGCCAUACGGUGCACAUGGGAUGUAUCCGCAACAGCAGGGUUAUAAACGGCCUGGAGAAGGGAUGUAUGGUCCUCCUGCUAAGCGGCAUGAGAAUGAAGCCUAUGGUAUGCAGUAUGGUGGUCAGCAGCCUGAUAUGUACAGCCAAUACGGUUACCCAGAGCGUAGGCCCAUGCAGAGUCCAUUCCCUUAUGCGUACGGACGAGAUCGCAUGCAGCCAGGUGGGCAGGGACCUCCUCAGCACAGCAUGAUGAGCGGUGGACCACCCCCAUCCUCUAACUCCAGUGGUGGGCCUCAGGGAAACAUGUGGCACACCAGGCACGACAUGAGCUACCCUUACCCCACCCGACAGAGUCAUGGCCCCCCCUACCCCUCAAUGAGCCGUGGGGAUGAUCCAGAAGUCAGGGUCAGUCAGGACAGUCAGUGGCCCGGUCAGCGUCAAUCUCCCUUUCCUCCACACUCUUCGUCCUCUUCCAGCUCCAUGCCCCCCAUGGCCAGCCGGCAACCACCUUCUUCCUACCAAUCUCCUCCAGCAAUGCCAAACCAUAUAUCUCGAGUUCCAAGCCCUGCACCUUUCCCUCGCUCUGUGGGUGGCUCUAUGUCACCCACUAAGGCUCAUAUGAUGGCAUCUCUGAAGCAGAUGCAAAAGCCAGCGGGCCCAGUGUCCAUGCCAAGCUCUCAAAGUGGUGGUCUUCCUGGGCAAGGCUUCCCAACAAUCCAUAGGGAAGUCAAUUACCCUCUGGACUCUGUGGAGGCCACCCAGCCCCAGCUUAAACCCCGCCGAAGGUUAACGUCCAAAGACAUUGGCACACCAGAGGCUUGGCGUGUGAUGUCCCUUAAGUCUGGCUUGCUUGCCGAGAGCACGUGGGCCCUAGAUACUAUAAACAUUUUAUUAUAUGAUGACAACACGGUGUCUUCUUUUGGUCUGUCUCAGCUGCCGGGUUUCUUGGAGCUUAUUGUUGAAUUUUUCAGAAGGUGUUUAAUAGAGAUCUUUGGGAUCCUUGAGGAAUAUGAAGUUGGAACAGAGGGUCAGAAAACUCUUCUUGGUUCAUGUUCAGAACCUACAGAAAAACAGCAACCUUCCAGUCCAGAUUUCAAAAGCCAAUCCAUUGCAGAACAUGUGGAGAAACGAUUAGACGUGGAGCCUGAGAAACCUCAGCCCAGCAGCUCAACAGCAGCACUCGUUAUAGAGAAAAAAGAAGAGUCAGCAGAGAAUAAGGCAGAUGAAGAGGAAAAGAACACUGCUAAAGAUCUGUGUCCUCCAAUAGAGCCCAGACCCAAGCAAGCCAGUAAGUAUGACAAGCUCCCAGUGAAAAUUGAAGAGAAAGACGCUGAGGAGGAUUGUGUGGAGGAUCGAUCAGAGCUGCUAGGUCUUGCCGGGGAGUUCAACAGUGGUCUGCUGCACUGGAAAGCAGGCGGCGGGGACUCCACUGCCCAUAUCCAGACUUAUUUUGAGAGAACCUGGGAAGAGGAACAGCCUCCUGAGAAUCAGGAAGGUGUGCAAGCACUUGGGAAAGAAACAGUUGAAGAGCAGCCCACGAGGCAAGAGGAGCUGAAAGGAGAACUCCCAGGGCCCUCAGAGGAAAACUUGACAGCCACUGUAGAUGACGUGCUAAAGUCUAAUCCAGGGUCCAUAUCAGAAGGUGAAUCUCAGACAUUCCCCUUCCGCACUAGAGAGAAAAAGAGCAGCGUUACUUUGCUGGAAGAUGAGCCGCGGUGCUGGGAUGAAGCACCUCUUUCUGUAGCCGAAAGCUGGCAGGAUGAGUUGGCCAAGCGCUGCAUCUGCGUGUCCAAUAUCAUCCGUGGACUCUCCUUUGUCCCAGGCAAUGACAGUGAAAUGGCUCGGCACCCAGGUUUAGUGCUCAUCCUUGGCAAACUUGUGCUUCUGCACCAUGAACACCCUAAAAGAAAAAGGAUGCCAGCUACUUACCAGCGAGAAGAAGAGCGAGGUCUGGCUUGCAGCAAGGAUGAAUGGUGGUGGGACUGCCUUGGUGCCUUGCGUGAGAACACCUUGGUCACCCUUGCAAACAUUUCAGGACAGCUAGAUCUGUCCGUUUAUCCAGAAAGUAUCUGCCUUCCCAUUCUGGAUGGGCUGCUCCACUGGAUGGUGUGCCCUUCAGCAGAAGCCCAGGACCCCUUUUGCACGGCAAAUGGCUUCUCGUCCCUCACACCGCAGAGGCUAGUGCUGGAGUGCCUGUGCAAACUGAGCAUCCAAGACUCAAACGUUGACCUCCUGCUGGCCACACCACCCUUCAGCAGACAGGAGCGCCUCUUUGCCACAUUAGUGCGGCAUGUUGGUGAACGAAAGAGUCAGGUGUGUCGUGAGAUGGCCGUAGCCGUUCUCUCUAAUCUUGCACAAGGUGACCCAACAGCUGCCCGCGCUGUUGCCCUGCAGAAGGGCAGCGUUGGAGCCUUGAUAAGUUUCUUAGAGGACAGUGUUGCAAUGGCACAGUAUCAGCAAAGCCCUCAUAGUCUCUUGCACAUGGGACACUCUACCCAACAUGAGCCGCCCAGUAUCAACAUGAUGUGCCGGGCCGCCAAAGCCCUGCUGGCCAUGGCCCAAGUGGAAGAGAACAGGCCCGAGUUCGUCCUCUACGAGAGCAGGCUUCUUGAUAUCUCGCUGUCCUCUGUGCUGAACUCUGGAGUGGCGGCCAUCUUGUGUGAGGUACUCUUUAAGCUUGGCCGCUCGUGACACGCACAAAAGAGCAGGAGCCUAUAGUGCCAUCAUGGGAACGCAUGGCUGAGCUGAGCCACAGAGAUCACACAGAACUGCCGGUGUUAUAUUUUUAUUUAAGGAAAAGAACACAAACAAAAAAAAAUGUUUUUACAUACAAAUGAAUAUAUAGAGAAUAUAUAUAGCUCCUCUGCCCCAUUUCCCAGUUUUCAUUUGGGAUUUUUAAAUGAUUUUAAUACAGAUAUUUAAUACUUGGUCUUUUCGUUUUUUUCUAUUCUUUUUUUAUUAUUAUUUUUGUUUCGUUGCGUCUGUGUAUUUUCUUUAGUUUGUUUUAACCAAAGUUGUCAUCCGAUAGCGUUAGAUUUUUAAGAGUAUUUUGCUCUCAGAAUGUUUUGAAUUGUUUUGAUGCAGUGUUUUGUUUGUUUUCUUGUGGGAUUUUGUUUAUUCGGGGAAUGCAGAUUUAUUUAAAUUGUGAGACAUGUUGUAGAUAGAACUUCUCUUGCAAUGUGUUGCGAUAUAAGAAAAAAAAAACGAAACAAAAAAAAAAAAACUGAUUUUAAGACAUACAUGUAUACAGCUCUGAAAAAAAGCAUUGUGCAAUAGAUUUAGCUGGCUCAGAGGGGAGAUGAUGAUGAAAUGUGAAUGACCACAGGCAAUGUUCUGAUCUGACCACCAGUGUUGCACUGUUUCACCACACCAGUAUCUGAGGGUCAAGCGAGCGUUGGUUUUAAACCAACUUGCUUCCAUAUUAGUGCAGCCGUAUAGAGAGCCCCUCUCUCUGACGGUGAACUCAAAAGUGCUUAGGUUACCCCUCUAUUCUAUACCCACGGGUCGAUUUGUAUAUAGAAACUGUACAUUAUAUGGGCCCAUUUUCACAUUUUUUUUUUCCUCCAAGAGAUGUGGUAUUAUCCGAAGUGCGUAGUUAAUGCUACACGCUAUUGACAUUUUGCAAAUAUAAAGUCAUUGUUUCAGGUGAGGAAGUCUUCAAACAUGUAAGGGUGUUCAUACAGAGGCGUUUUUGCAUUUGAUCUAAGCUUUUAUUUAUUGUUAAACAUAUUUAGUUGAUGUGCGGCGCAUUGCUGUUUUCAGCAUCUUUUGGUUAAAUAGUAAAUAUUUUUAAACUCUUUACAGCAGAUCAGUGUCAGUUUUACAAUGAACCAUAUGAAUUUGGCUACUGGAAAAGCAUCUCUACUGGAUUGAGCAUGUACAUUAGCAACUGCAUAUGGGGGUAAUAAUACGCCUGUAAAUGCACUUGUUCAGUUGCCGUUGCGCUCCGCUGUAUUUAAUACAAGAACGCAGCCUUUAUGAAUGCCUCUUUAUGAAUGUUAGUCCUAUAAUGAAGUUCUGUGUGACAGAGAUAGCAAUGGCUCCCUCUAAUGGCCUUAGAUUUCGGAAAUUACAGGCUAACUGAAAAGAUGGCAUAAAUGUAAUUCAAUGUGAAAGUUACCCCAAAAAUGACUUAACGAAGAAAAAAAAAAAAUAUGUACAACUCUUUAUGUAAGCUCUUUUUGCUCAAUAUGAUUUGAUGACCAUUGUUUAUUCAGUAUAAAGUCUUUAUACAUGUUCCACAUGUUAAAAGUAAAUGUACAUGAAAUUUGGUCAAGCACUGUGAA